UAGUGACGUCAUCAGCAGGAGGAUGGAAGCAAGUUAUGUAGACUUCGCUUCAGAGCAGAAGGGAGAGAUGGCGUCCAGGUCCCCAUGAAUAAGCAAAAAAAAGAAAAGAAAAAAGGAUGCAAGGCAGAUAGCCAAAGGACAGGGCGCCGAUAAGGAAUUUAACAUCGCUAUCUUUUCACCCAAAAUAUCUUCAGGACUAAACUGCAUCUGAUUGCUUCAUAAGGAUCUUACAUAGGCGUGGGUGUUUGCAAUAUUUACUUGUCAUUGCUCUGUUUUCAUCCUCGUCCGGUCACCGGGUGGGGAGGGUUCGCCUUUUGCUACAGCUGUUUCUACCUCCGCCUCUCGUCGAGCCAACGUUGAGACGGCGAGACAGGACCGAGUGAGUGAGGGGCGAUGGCUGCUGGAGGAGGAUGCGGGGAAACCGUGGAUCAGUACCGGGCGGAGGUAGAUCGGCUGACCCGAGAGCUUGCGGAAGCUAACCGUGAGAAGAUACGGGCGGCGGAAUGCGGUCUUGUGGUGCUGGAAGAAAACCAGACCCUGAAGCAGCAGUAUACUGAUCUGGAAAUCGAGCAGGAGGCACUGAAGCGAGAGUUGGAGCAGCUGCAAGAGGCUUUCGGCCAGGCAUACUCAAACCAGCGCAAGGUGGCCGAGGAUGGCGAGACCAACGAGGAGACGCUGCUGCAGGAGUCCGCCUCCAAGGAGGCGUACUACAUGGGCCGUCUGCUGGAGAUGCAGGGCGAGCUCAAACUCAGCCGCUCCGUGGCGUCCAACACGCAGGCCGAGAACGAGCGGCUGAACGGGGUCCUGCAGGAGCUCAGAGAGACUAAUGAAGUUCUGGAGUUGCAGAGGAGCAGGAUGAAGGAGGAAAUCAGGGAGUAUAAGUUUCGGGAAACUCGGCUGCUGCAGGACUACACUGAGCUGGAGGAGGAGAACAUCACUCUGCAGAAGCUGGUGUCUACACUCAAGCAGAACCAGGUGGAGUAUGAGGGCCUGAAGCACGAGAUCAAGGUGCUGGAGGAGGAGACGGUGCUGCUGAACAGCCAGCUGGAGGACGCGCUGAGGCUGAAGGAGAUCUCGGAGACGCAGCUGGAGGAGGCGCUGGACACGCUGAAGAACGAGCGGGAGCAGAAGAACAACCUGCGCAAGGAGCUGGCGCACUACCUCAGCCUGAGCGACAGCGUGUACGGGGCCGGGGCCCACCUCGCCCUGGACGGCCUCAAGUUCGCCGAGGAGGCCGGCAGCAACGGCACCACGGCCGCCAACUCGCCCAGCAACGAGGACGGCAACAAGUGCAACGGCCACGUCCCGCUGGCCAAGAUGAAUGGGGACUACCGCCCCGCCGGCAGGAAGGGGGAGGCGCUGCACCCCGUCUCCGACCUCUUCAGCGAGCUCAACCUCUCCGAGAUGCAGAAGCUCAAGCAGCAGCUCCUACAGGUGGAGCGGGAGAAGGCCGCGCUGCUGACGACCCUGCAGGAGUCCCAGACGCAGCUGGAGCACACGCAGGGCGCCCUGACGGAGCAGCACGAGCGCGUGCACCGCCUGACCGAGCGCAUGAACGCCAUGAAGCGCUCGCAGUGCGACAAGGACACCCACAUGGAGCUGGAGCUGGAGGCGGAGCCCGAGAAGGGGGACUCCUCCCCCAACAGCCACGACUACGAGGUGGACAUCCACGGGCUGGAGAUCCUGCAGUGCAAGUACAAGGUGGCGGUGAUGGAGGUGAUCGACCUGAAGGCGGAGCUCAAGGCCCUGAAGGAGACGUACAACCAGAGCGUGGACAGCCGCGUGGAGGAGAAGAGCCACAGCGAGAGCCGGCUGCAGGCCCUGGCCGAUCAGCUGGGCCAGCUGGAGAGGAGCUGCAGGGAGGGGCGGGAGCGGAUCAGCGGGCUGGAGGCGGAGCUGCGCGCCGUGUCGGGCGUGGCCAGCGAGAGCCACAGCAUGCUGAACGCGGCGCAGGACGAGCUGGUGACCUUCAGCGAGGAGCUGGCCCAGCUCUACCACCACGUCUGCCUCUGCAACAACGAGACGCCCAACCGCGUGAUGCUGGACUACUACCGGCAGGGCCGCGCGGCCCGCAGCGGCAGCCUGAAGGGCUCGGAGGACCCGCGCGCCAUGCUCUCGCCCCGCCUGGCCCGCAGGCUCAACGCCGCCACGCCCUCCGAGCCCCGGAGUCCCAGCGACUCCCCGACCAAGGAGCCGCCCCCGGAUCCGGGCAAGGACAGCCCCGCCCGCACGCCCUCGGGGUCGCCCUUCGCCGGCGGCUCGCCCUCCCCCUCGUCCUCCUCAUCCUCCCCGCCCAUCUCGGAGCCGGCCGCGGACCUGCGGAAGGAGCCCAUGAACAUCUACAACCUGAACGCCAUCAUCCGGGACCAGGUCAAGCACCUGCAGCGGGCGGUGGACCGCUCCCUGCAGCUCUCCCGCCAGAGGGCGGCCGCCCGCGAGCUCGCCCCCAUGCUGGACAAGGACAAGGAGGCCUGCCUGGAGGAGAUCCUCAAGCUCAAGUCCCUGCUCAGCACCAAGAGGGAGCAGAUCGCCACGCUGCGGCUCGUCCUCAAGGCCAACAAGCAGACGGCCGAAAUCGCCCUGGCCAACCUGAAGAGCAAAUAUGAGAACGAGAAGUCGAUGGUAACCGAGACGAUGAUGAAGCUGAGGAACGAGCUGAAGGCGCUGAAGGAGGACGCCGCGACCUUCUCCUCCCUCAGAGCCAUGUUCGCCACCAGGUGUGACGAGUACGUGACGCAGCUGGACGAGAUGCAGAGGCAGCUGGCGGCGGCGGAGGACGAGAAGAAGACGCUCAACUCUCUGCUGCGCAUGGCCAUCCAGCAGAAGCUGGCGCUGACGCAGCGGCUGGAGGACCUGGAGUUCGACCACGAGCAGUCGCACCGCGGCCGCGCCAGCAAGGUGCCCAAGAUCAAGACCGGCCCUCCCAAAGUAAGUCCAGCACCACUGCCCGGCGCGUCCCCCGCGGCAGGCCUCCUCACCUCCCCCCUGACCCCCUCCUACCCCUCCUUCACCCCCCCGGCGCUGGGCAGUCCAUCCCCACUGGAGACCCCCCUCUCCACGUCUGCCUGGACACCCCCCUCCCAGCCCCUGCUGCUCGGCCACCCGCAGUGGUCCCUGGGCGUGCAGACCUUUAUCGUAGACCCCCACACCUUCAGCUCCGACUUCUGCUCCCUGGCCCGCGCCGGCGACCUCGGCCACCCCUCCUCCUUGGACUCGCGCUCUCCUCUCGCCUGCUCUCCCGGCUCCGCCCCCGCCUUGCCCUACCGCUCGCCCGUCUCGGGGGUGCGGCGCUCGAUGCCCAUCACGUCCAGAACUGGCCUCCGGGCGGCCGCGUCGCGCUCCGCCAUGAUAGUUACCCCUCCCGGCACUCCGACCGGCCAGCACUUCCCCCGCGCCUACAGAUCCCAUCAUGCCUGGCACUGACACUCAGCAGGGGAGCUUGGGUGGGGUGACACAGAGAGAAGGGCAGACUGGUUUCCUGUUUCCUGUGCCCAAAGCCCUGCCUGUGAGUUUGAAUGUGCAGUGACUUUCCUCAGGUAUUUAUGAUGAGACAGAGCACAAAGCAGCCCAGCCAUCCUGUAGCACUGCUGAUCAGUCUGAGGGGUGGAUUGCCCUCUCGUGUAGCAUGAGUGUCUUUGAGUUUUUCACUUCGUUUCUGCCUCAAGUGAUCGGUGACAGAAACAGAAUUUGUGUUCGGACUAUGACUUUGCUAAGGAUUCCACUGUAACUGCCUAAAUACAUGUAGACCGGAAGUCUAAUUAUGUUGUUUAAUUUAGCUCAGAAAUGAUUGCAACUUUUGGAUAGUAAAAUUUUGAAGAUAUGUAUUGUUUCAGGAAAUAAAAGGACACUAGUGCUCCACCACGUGGAGGUUAGGGUUUAUAAUGGUUAAAACCCUUUUGGGAGCUGAACAAAGUGGUUGAGCUUCUUUUUAUAUCCAAAUGUAGUUUUUGUAUUCAUUUCUGCAUAUAAAUUUCUUCUUUGUUUAUUUAUUUUUUAGUCUUUUGAGCUUCCAGUUAAAGGGUAUAUGUAAUAAGUAGCAGUUUUUAAAACCUGGAGACAUAGGACUGUCCACUGUUUAUUUACUACCAGAGGAUAAACCAACCUCUAGUCCUUUUCUCUAUACCUUUUAAAGUCUUUUUUAUCUGUGAUUUUAAUAGAAAGCUUAGGUUUAGGAAACAGUCAGUCUUAACUAACACCUUUAGCUAUUCCCUAAAUUUGAUUUGCUGAUUUAAAAAAAAAAAAAAAACUUAUUGUCAAACAUGUAUGCCUGAGGUAUAGGAAGAGGCCAUUUUCAAUGGAGGACAAAAAUCUGUUUAUUGUUAUUGCUAGCUUUAUAAUUAGUAUUUCAUUGUUUCUCUUUCUUGUUGUUAUUUUUAACGUUAAUAAUUAACCCUAUGUAAUCAAAGUCUAAUUCAGCAUUGUCUUUCAAUAGGAUAAACAGAUGUUUGGUAGUUUUUUACAUGUGGAGUUUUAGCGCUGCCUAGUGGCUGACUCCUACGGGCAUUCACUGGCUCAUAAAGAGUGUUUAUGCUGGAAUGUUCAAAUGUUUAGGACUCUGACUCUCUUAGUCAUGGGAAUAACAUUUUGUCUUCUUUGGUAACAAAACGCUUACAUCAUGUCAGACUUUCACUUCACAAACUCAGGUUGGGGGGGGGGGGGGUACAGGGAGUCAUAUAAUGUAGUCUCUGUGGCACUUUCCAAGUUAAGCAUAAAAUUCUGUGAGUUUUCUCACUUUCUUUGUUUGUUGUUGUUGUGAAAUUCAUGAUGGUGUCUAAGAGUCUUAAAACGAUCUGUUAUUGAUUAUUUUCUGUACAUGUCAAAAAAGGACUAUUGCUAUUGCUUUUGGAUUUAAAAUCCCUGUAUCUGACAUGUACCACAAUAGGCCAAGGGGGACCUGGGGGACAAACCUAGAAAAUCCUUGGAAUAAUGUAUAACAUUAUUAUACACUAGUUAAUUCAGCUCAUUGGAUUAGUAAACCAGUAUUCUUCAGUGUAUACUCAUAGCAUUCAGAGUUCUAAAACUCGAUUACUAAUUCAUUUCAGACUAGCUUGAGAAUUGUCUUUUUUUAGCAGUUUAUUUGUAAAUAACUUUGUACUUGCUCACCAAAUGAUAAUCAUUAUGAGCUACAUGACUUUUGGGUUUCACACAUUACAGAUGAAGACUCAUUUCCAGGUUUUGGCUCAGUGUUUAACCAUAAAGUGCUGAGAGGGACAGAAAUGCAAGCGAGGUACCGAUUUGAUCAAAUUAGUGUCAAGGAAAAGCUAUUACAUUUGAGAUAUGCUUCUGUUGUGUCCUGCUGAGUUCGAUCCAGGAGACCGCAGCUGCCUGAAAUCUGUUUUCUCAAGAUGUCCGCAGAAGUAGAGCUGACGCAGACCAUAAACACAGAGGAUGUGCCUGCUAUCCGAAGCAUAGGUUCAUAGGCCACUGUGAAUUCUAUGGCAUGUAAUCAUGCCAUAAAAAGUGAAACACUUCUUAUUCACAGGCACUGUUUACUACUGUUUAUUAAUUAUUGCUCAUGCAUUUGAUGAGAUUGUUAUUCGGACAUCUUUGGCUAUGUCAGUAAUAUUUCAGAUUUGUGAAGUGAAAAUCAUUUGUUAAUGUUAAAUUGUAGUACUCUUACUGUAAUUCCAUCCAUAUCCCUACCCUCCAUGGUUUUCCCAUGACUUUUAAGGUAUGUCUGCAGCUCAUUACGUGCUUUACUGAGAAGGGUAUAAAGACACUGAGCACAAUAUACAGAAACUGUCACAAUCAAAUGUGGCAUAUUCCACACUGUCUUUCAAAAGGACUUCAGUGGCUGUUGAAAUGACAUAACCUUAGAAAGGUGAACUGCUAUUUCACGCUGUCUCCUAUAGCCUAUUUAAUUUUCAGCCUUGUUUAUACUUUGCAAUAAAACCUAUUGCUGCACCCAAUCACAACUCACAGAUCCCCUCUCCCAUAUGUUGCUGGAAACCUCAUAUUCAUGCAUCAGUAUGAAACAUGUACUGUAUUAAUUAUGAUAAUCACUAAGUCAAUAAGCGUUGUAUGAUGA